AUGGCAAAUUCUCAUUCUUAUGAAUUAUCUCAAAGUAUUAGAAAUAAAAGAAACAACAGAAAUGAUAGAAUUUACAGAAUUGAUCAAUAUCAAUAUAGCCAGAAUGGUCAACAACAACAAUGUACUUGCUGUAGACAAUCAUCUUCAACUGCAACUAACACUUCGAGUCAUACAUAUUCACAUACUGGCGGAAAACCAUUUGUUUACGCAGAACCGGGAUGUGGUAGAAAAUUUUCAGUACAAAGUAAUAUGAAAAGACUGCUAAGAAAAAUUGGUAUGAUGAUGAAAUAG